AUGACGUCCAUCAGUAACGGCUCGCUGGAGAUGGCGUCACUGAACGUCAGCUCGCCGGACGAGAUGACGGAGCUGAUGGAGAUGACUGACGAGGUCAGCUCCCUCACCUUGGCCACACAGAUAUUUGUCGGCACCUUCCUCUCUGCCAUCAUCAUCCUGGCCGUGUCGGGCAACAUCCUCGUCUGUGUGGCCGUGCUGACCGACCGCAACCUGCGCAAGAUCGGCAACCUCUACAUCGUGUCGCUCAGCUUCGCAGACAUGACGCUGGCCGGCGCAGUGAUGACGUUCGCGCUCACCAACGACUUGCUGGAGUACUGGCCGUUCGGCGCGCAGUUCUGCGACGUCUGGAUCGCGUUCGACGUGCUCUGCAGCACGGCCAGCAUCCUGAACCUGUGCGCCAUCUCUCUGGACCGCUACAUCCACAUCAAGGACCCGCUGAGGUACGGCCGGCUGGUGACGCGCCGUGUGGUCACGCUCAGUAUCGCCGCCAUCUGGCUGAUGGCUGUGCUCGUGUCGUUCGUGCCCAUCUCGCUGGACCUGCACCGGCCGCCGGGACGCAGCGCCGAGCCGGUGGACGAGCGCGGCCUGCCGCAGUGCGCGCUGGACCUGACGCCGCUGUACGCGGUCGUCAGUAGCUGUAUCAGCUUCUACGUGCCGUGUGUGGUGAUGCUGGCCAUCUACAGCCGGCUCUACCUCUACGCCAAGCGGCACGUGGAGAGCAUCAAGGCGCUUACCAAGCCCGUGAUGCUGGGUACGAUUGACGGCGUGGCGCCGCCGCCGGCCUGUAACCGGUGUCACGUCUCCGAGGGCAAGGCAGCGACCACAGUGGGCAUCAUCGUCGGCGUGUUCCUCGUCUGCUAUGUGCCGUUCUUCUGCGUCAACAUCGUGGCCGCCUUCUGCAAGACGUGCGUGCCGCGGCUGGCCUUCCAGACGCUCUCCUGGUUCGGCUACAGCAACAGCAGCUUCAACCCCAUCAUCUAUUCCAUCUUCAACGUCGAGUUCCGCGAGGCGUUCGUGCGCAUUUUCGGCAAGGUGCGCGGCGCGUUCGUGCGGCUCUGUCAGCGCGCGGGGGUGCCCACGCGGCCCCGGCAGCCGUCCCAGUGUAAGUCGGUGAGCUCGAUGACGCGUCUGAGCACGGGCGCCGUCGUGGUGGACCUGGAGGUGACGACCAGUGAGCGGGUGACAGCCAUCUGA